AUGCUUGCUAGAUCUGCGUUGGCCGCCGCCCUCAGACCGUUGGCGAGAACGUCGUUCCGCACCAUCCAGACCGUCCGGGACAACGCCGCCCUGGAGGAGAAGAUCUUGACCGCCCAGAGAGCCAACCGGCCCGUGUCGCCUCACUUGAAAAUCUACCAGCCCCAGCUUACCUGGGUGUUGCUGGGUUUGCACAGAAUCACCGGUGUGGCUUUGGCCGGUGCCUUCUACGCGUUGACUUGCACUUACGCCGCCACCCUGAUUCUCGACAUCCCCUUCUCUGCUGCUUCCGUGGUGAGCGCUUUCGCGUCGUUGCCCGUCGCCGUCAAGGUGUUGACCAAGGCCGCCGGCGCCUACCCGUUCUUCUACCACGGGCUCAACGGUAUUAGACACUUGAUCUGGGACACCGCGCACGAGUUGACGAAGAAGGGCGUGUACAGAACCGGGUACGCCGUGCUUGCCCUCACCGGGUUGUUGGGCACCUACUACACCUUCUUCUAA